CAGAAAGAAGGCAUGAUAAAUUACAAAUAAUGUUUAACUGAGCUGUUCAAAAAUCACAUUUACUGUCUAAAUACAUUUCAUCUUAUUGCCUUGCUUUAUCAUUUUUUAUCCUAUAAAAUUUUGCUGAACAACUGUUGUACUAAAUUACGUAUAUUGUCCGAAGUUUAACAGGUAGACCAUCAAAAUGCCUUCAAGCGGAAGUAAUUUAUAUAUAGACGACUUAGUGAACUUUGAUGAACCAACGGUGUCAAAUGAAAAAAGCGAAAUAGCUGAAUUUUUUUCUCAUACUAAUGUUUUGGUAACAGGAGGUACGGGUUUUCUAGGAAAACUACUCAUCGAGAAGUUGCUCAGAAGCUGUCCAGAUAUUUUAAGAUUAUAUAUGAUAGUGAGACCGAAAAAGGGGAAAACUGCUUUGGAACGAUAUAAAGAAAGUUUCGAAGAAGUUAUAUACGACAAAUUAAGAUGCCAGCAACCGAAUUUUCUUAAAAAAAUAGUAAUAUUAGAAGGCGAUGCAGCGAAAGAAGAUUAUGGACUGUCGCCAGAAGAUAAGAAGACUUUAAUGAAUGUGAAUAUUAUUUUUCAUGCAGCUGCAGUUGUGCGAUUUGACGAAAAAAUUCGGACUGCAGUAAACAUCAAUGUCAGAAGCACAAAAUUUUUAUUGUCAUUUGCAAAAAAAUUACCAAAUUUUAAGGCUUUUGUGCAUGUAUCAACUGCAUUUUCCAAUUGCGUACGUAAGAAUAUUGAUGAAGUACACUAUACAGAUAUUAUAGAUGCAGAUAAAGUUUUAACAUUGUUGGAUACGUUGGAUGAUGGGAGACUUGAACAAAUGACCCCUAUGUUGCUUGAUAAAUGGCCAAAUACAUAUGUAUUUACUAAGGCACUAGGAGAAAAUAUGGUAUUAAAGUAUGGUGAUGAUCUUCCAGUUUGUAUUGUACGUCCCAGUAUCGUUAUAGCGACUGACAAGGAACCAAUUUCUGCAUGGAUAAAUAAUAUGUAUGGACCCACAGGUGUAGUUAUGGGUAGCGGUAUAGGUUUGUUACAUACAUUGCAUUGUAAAGAAGAAAAUAUAGCAGAUAUCAUACCAGCUGAUUAUGUUAUUUCCAACAUUAUUUCUUCUGCUUGGGAUGUUGCCAAUAGAAAAGUUGCAAUAAAGUCAGACCAAUCUUCUAAUUUACCUGAUGAGGAAAAAAUACCUGUUUAUAAUUCAGUAUCUUCUUGUCAAAAACCAAUUUCUUGGGGUGAAUUUAUGAAGCUUAAUGAAAUUUAUGGAUUAAAAGUACCUAGUACAAAAGUUAUUUGGGUUUAUACACUGACACUCAAUAGAUAUUUAUUUCUUCACAAUAUCUAUGCUUUCUUAUUUCACAUAAUACCAGCAAUUAUUGUUGAUACAUUGGCUUAUCUCACUGGUCGGACACCUAUAUUAUUAGAUGCAUACAAAAAGAUACAUAAAUUUAGCACUGUGAUACAUUACUUCGCAAUAAAUGAAUGGAAGUUUAAAAAUGACAAUGUUAUAAAACUUUGGAACAAGAUGAAUUCUACUGAUCGACAAAUUUUCUGCCUUAAUACAGAAUACUUGGACUGGAAGGAAUAUUUUUAUUAUCAUAUAAGAGGUGUUCGUAUGUAUUUAUUAAAAGAUCCUUUGGACACAGUAGAAGCAGGAAUAAUCAAAUAUGGAAAGUUACGUCUAGCGCAUAAUACAAUCAUGUUAACAAUAUCACUAUUACUUUUAUGGGUUGCGAUAUCAUUCAUAAGUUUUCUUUGGUCUUUCUGUCCUUUAUCACAUUAAUAAUUAUUGAUAGUAAUAUUGUAGUUCUUUUAUCUACAUUAGAUUUAAAACAAUCUUUUCCUAUUAAAGUGCACAUUCAUGUUACAAACAGUUGUUCACUAUCGAACUUAUUUCAUUAUAAUGAUAAUAGAUGUCGCCACAAAGCUAUAUUAUCUUUAUUGAAAUAAAAUGUAUAUAUUCUUUUAACUUUAUUACAAUAUUCAAUUUGUUAAGUAAGGAAAUAUUUGCCUUCAUAUUUUGUAAGAAAUAUUAAGAUUGUUUUAUUUAUAAUUGACUAAUUUUGUCGGUUCUGACAUUUCUAUAUUUGGUCAAAACAGAAAGCUAGAGAAGUUUCAAGUUAUUUACAAAUUUUAUUUAUAUUAUUUUUAUACUAUUUAUAUAUAAGCAAAACAUUAAAAAUUUUCUAUAAUAAUUAUAAUUUAUAUAAUAUUUAAGCAUUUGUAAUAUGUGAAGUCUUUAUUUCAAAUUAUUAACUUGUUUAUAUAGGGAUAUUUUUAAUGUAUUAAUAUCACAAGUAAAAAAGAAUAGAAGGUAUCAGAAGUGUUAUUGAAAUUCUUAUAUUGUGAAAUAAUAUAAAAAAAAGUGAAAUAGUUAUUUUAAGGAAUAAAAAUUUGAAAUAUCAUAUAGAAAUAUAUUUUCAUAAAUAAAUUAAAAAUUAAAAUUUUGUUCACUAAGAAUUUUUAACCGAGUGUAUUAAACUAAAAAGUUUCUAAUCAUGAAAAUGAAAUAUAUGCGUAGGUGUCCCUUCUCAAUUUAUAGCCGCGUUGUUAAUAGGUGCGACUACAGUCUUGUCUACAUGCUGGGCACAUUGUAUACAAACUGAUUGAUUUAUUGUAGUACGAAGCACUACUGAAAGUGUUCUUUUUCCAAUUUAAAUACUGGAUGUACUAGUAGUUAUCAUAUUUUUCUUAUUUCAAUACGAUUUUUUACUUUAAAAUAUUAGCUUAGGUUUUACAAUUCUUAUAGACUUGUUCUAACUAUAAAUUAAAAUGAAUCAAUAGGAAUAAAAUAUAGAGAGCUGGGAGGAAGAUUUUACACAUAUUUUUCGUGUAUCUUUUAUGGCUAUGUAUCAAAAUUUAUAUAACCCAUUUAAUAUGAAUAAUAAAUUUGUUAUUAUGCUGUAAUAUGCUUGUAUUUGAUAUUAAUCACGAUAUUAAAAGUAUUAUAAAAGCUUGGUAUAACCAAGACUGGAGAAAUACUAUAUAAAUACAUAAUAUGUAACAGGAAUGGAUCGAAGGGCAGAUGAGGAAAAGAAGCGGGUAAGUUGUGCGCCACCAUCGUACAUCGAGCGUCAGAGUGUAGUGCGAUACGGGGAUGGAGGCCGCGCGAGCAGGCAAGCGGUUCAAGCGAACAGAGUCGAGGAUCGAGAACCAACCGGCGACUCAGGAAGGCAGUGCACGCCCGACUGCCGACACGAGCGGAUGGCGUACGUUGCCGCUCGCGCCACGAUUACCUCGUGAUUUUCCUUUCUGUCAGAGAUACCGUCGGUCACCGUUGUCGAUCUCUUGUGACGAGUCACACAGUACUCUAAACUAAACCAUCUAUUGCGAUUGCACACAGUCGGAGUCUUCAAGUUCGUUUGUGACUUUGUGUGCCGCGCUUCGAUCGCGGAAUAAGAAAAAGAAAAAAACAAACGAACGAGCGAGAGACAACAUAAAAGGAAAUAAAGAAACGGAGAAGGCGAAAGGUAGAUUUUUCCCUUUGAUCUUUGUCUCUGAUCGUCGAUUUUCAUCGUGGUCGUUUCGUGUUUUGUCAUCGACGGACAUCGCGUACGUACACGUUUUAACACCACGUGUGUGCGCACGCACGCACGCACCAACUCCAACGACGCACGUAUUUACUAUAUUAUCAGGCCCGCGCGACUGGCGUACGGGGCGCCCUCCAAAAGUCGUGUGUGCGCGUGCAACCCUACCGGAGCCCGCUGACGUUGGUUACCAUAGUAGCGCGCGUGCCGAUCAGCUGAUCGUUGGGAUCCGAGCGUGUUCGACCGUCGGCAGUCGGCCAGCAGCGGCUCCGUCCACUCGUUUCAUGCGUUCGUGCAACUCGCUUGCCUUUCGCGCCGUGAUUUAGUGAUCAACCAACUAUUUCGUCAACAUCCCAUCUCCCAUUGUGACAACGCAUAGUUCCAGGAAAAUUCUCGAUACAACUAGACAAACUUGAAUAGAUCGUAUAUAACGGUCGGAUCAUCCUCUUAUUCGCUGUUUUUGCGGUUAGAAGGAUGCACUGUUACAUUUUAUUCGUACUGUCAAUGUAAUUAGCCAAGUAAACGACCAGACGUUGGCUCAAGUAUGAUUUGAAGUAGCCAAAGCCAAACUAAGUACGUUGUUCGAGUAAUUCAUUUGUGUGCUUGUGACAAGGAAAACCAAAGCAUUUCGAGAUACACCAUUGCAUACGACUAUCGAGACCUUGCCAUGAUUCACGUCACGCAUUUUAAAUUCAACCGUCCAGAAGCGAAAUUCAACGGAGAUAUGUCCAGCGACAGUGGAUUCGAGUAUUAGAUAUCAUGGUUUGUUUAAUUAAACGUUGUAAAGUAUCCCGAUUGAAACAUCGAAUCAUUUUUGUUGUCGAACGUUUUCAAAUUACAUUCGAACAAAAGUUUAUAGAACGCAAGAAACAAGCUUGGUGAUGGUCGCUGCGUAUUUCUAACCGCGCCCGAUAAUCGAAACUAUGUUCGAUAAAUAAUAACAAUAAACACACGCCGUCUCUUGAAGCAGUAAUUUACCGUGCGUUAUGUUUUCAAUAGCGUUGUCAGGUGACCUUACGUACGUGACUAACCGUGCGACCAUCAAUGACACGCUACAAAAUCAACAAAACAAACUUAAACUGAAAAACGAUCACUCAUUCAAGUAGAUAUUUCGGGGAAUUACGAAGAACGCCCUUGCCACUUCUCGUAAUCGAUUAAUUUGCAAAUGAAACAAAAUUCAAUCACUCGAAUUAAAUCGAUGUAUCGCAGCAUUCGCAAAAAUGAAACAUAAUCAUUUCGAAUCGAUCAAUCAGAAGAUGGUGUUGCAGUGAAGUUUGGAAAAAAUAUCGAUAUAUCGAUAUUGUUUGGUGUCAGGUGUCGCUAGACUGCAGUGAACGAUGGCCACACAGUCUUCGUACGUACGAAAUGAAGAACAAAACACGUCGGGAUUGGAAGUAACGGUUGUGGUGAAUGAUAAUUUUCAUUAAAACAAUAUUCAGGCUCGUUUGGUAACGGGAUAUCGCAGAAUGUGAAAGCUUUUUUGUACGGACACAAAUUUUUGACAAUCGUUUGUACCUGUGACGAAUCACUUGACUGCAUGAACCAGACUCCGUGUGAAUAUGUGAAGUGACUGAAUUCUUUUUUUAUCGAACUUUCGUCAAAAGUGAUUUUUUGUUUUAUUUCGUGCUGUGCCUGUAACUGUAUCUUUAUGCGCCAAUUGCAACAAUGACAAUUCAAAGUAAUUUCUCGUUCACGCGGAAACUCUGUGAUAGCCAAUGCCAGCAACGCCAUUACUCGGAUUAAGUCAAGUGUAAGAAGAUCGGUUCCUGAUAUCAUCUUGAUAGAAAGCUUGGUGACGUACGCCGAACGGGCCAGUAUUCAUGCCAGUAUGCCAAUCAGAUGCCAGUAGAGAGCCAGUAUCUGUAUCUGUCGCCACCGAUAGCCAAUUAAUAAGUUACUUAGAUAGUUAAAUUAAUAGACGAUACA